AUAUGUAUCGCGGAAGCAAGCUGGGCAAUCAUUAAGAAGUCAUUGAUGCCAAUAACUCCGGGCGACGAGCAGAGUUGUCAAGGAGCCAGAAUGGGCCGCGGUUUGGAUCCAAUAUGAAGAAAUGGGAAAGAUCACAGAAAGAUUAAUGACCGUCGGACACAGCGGCGAAGUGCUACUGUGGGACCCCGAGGGACAGAAUCAUAAAAAACUUGCUGAACUGGCUUAUACGAGGACGCCUCACAAGGACGUCUAUUGCACGCGACUUAACACCGGACAGGAUGAAGCGGAACAUAACUUUCUACGGAGACAGUACAUUUGUCACACGAUUGAACUUCACCCGACAGAUCCAAGGACAUAUUAUAUUACAACGAAUGAAGGAUCCAUACUCACGUGUAAAACGAGAGAAGUUCUGGGCGACAUGGAAAUCCUUCCAGCUCAUUGCGGCCCGGUUUUGGGUAUGAAGCAUUCUCCGUUUACUUCUCUUGUGUUCCUGAGCCAUGGGACGGACUUCACGACGAAAAUCUGGGUGAAGGGGAUCAACGAGCCAGUGAUAACUCUUCGCACUACUUUGCUGAGUGCCAUAUUAUGCGCGCUUUGGUCCCCGAGCCAUUCGAGUUGCCUGGUGAUUCUCAGCAAAGAAGAAUUUUCUCUAUGGGAUAUAAGUAGAAGCAUUCUUGAUCCUAUGAAUAGAGAAGAACGAAGCGAAGAAGCGUAUUUCACAACGGCGGCUUUUAUUAAAAACGGGACGUCUCUUCACGUUGGGAUGUCGGAUGGGACGGUGACAACAUACCGACUGAACGAUAUGCCACAUCCGCCAUACCUUCAGAUCAACCAUUUACACGGAGCCUUCACCAAGAUGCUCAGCGAAAAUAAAGCUCUUCUCAAACAAAUUGAUGAUAUCCUCGGUCAAGUCUCUAAAGAUAAUUAA